AAAAACCACCAGACCUCCUCUCCUCUCCUCGUCAGUUUCCGAGUCCCACUCUUCCUCCUCUAGGGUUUCGACCAAUGGCGGCGGCGGGUGCGGCCACCACCUCCAGGCGCGGCCCCGGCGGAGGCCGCAACCUGGACGACGAGAACCUCACCUUCGAGACCUCCCCGGGGGUCGAGGUCGUCAGCAGCUUCGACCAGAUGGGCAUCAAGGACGAUCUCCUCCGAGGCAUCUACGGCUACGGCUUCGAGAAACCCUCCGCCAUCCAGCAGCGCGCCGUCCUCCCCAUCAUCAAUGGACGCGACGUCAUUGCACAGGCGCAGUCCGGCACCGGCAAGACCUCCAUGAUCUCCCUCACCGUCUGCCAGACCGUCGACACCGCUGUCCGCGAGGUUCAGGCAUUGAUACUGUCACCCACCAGAGAACUUGCUUCACAAACAGAGAGAGUUAUGCUGGCUAUUGGUGACUACCUCAAUAUUCAAGUGCAUGCUUGUAUUGGUGGCAAAAGUAUCGGUGAAGAUAUCAGGAGGCUCGAGAACGGAGUGCAUGUUGUGUCAGGAACUCCUGGCAGAGUCUGUGAUAUGAUCAAGAGAAGGACCCUCCGAACCAGAGCCAUCAAGCUCCUUGUUCUGGACGAAGCUGAUGAGAUGUUGAGCAGAGGCUUUAAGGAUCAGAUUUAUGAUAUCUACAGAUAUCUCCCCCCGGAACUCCAGGUUGUUUUGAUCUCUGCGACCCUGCCCCAUGAGAUCCUGGAGAUGACUAACAAGUUCAUGACCGAGCCAGUUAGGAUCCUUGUGAAGCGUGAUGAAUUGACCCUGGAGGGCAUCAAACAAUUCUUUGUUGCUGUUGAGAAAGAGGAAUGGAAGUUUGAUACGCUGUGUGAUCUUUAUGAUACACUAACCAUCACCCAAGCUGUCAUUUUCUGCAAUACUAAGAGAAAGGUGGAUUGGCUUACUGAAAGAAUGCGCAGCAAUAACUUCACAGUAUCAGCUAUGCAUGGUGACAUGCCUCAACAGGAAAGGGAUGCCAUUAUGAAUGAGUUCAGGUCUGGUGCAACUCGUGUGCUAAUCACAACAGAUGUGUGGGCUCGAGGCUUGGAUGUUCAGCAGGUUUCUCUUGUCAUAAAUUAUGAUCUCCCAAAUAAUCGUGAACUUUACAUCCAUCGCAUUGGUCGCUCUGGUCGUUUUGGUCGCAAGGGUGUGGCGAUCAAUUUUGUGCGCAAGGACGACAUCCGUAUACUGAGAGACAUAGAGCAGUACUACAGUACGCAAAUUGAUGAAAUGCCGAUGAAUGUUGCUGAUCUUAUUUGAGUGUUGGAGAGAAUGCUAUUGUAUUUUAUCAGCUCGGUCUGGCAAGGUGUGGUGGAGCUCCUGGGUGUGCCUGCGUUAGUUUUAGUUUUUGGUGGAACUUUUGCUGUGGCUGUAAACUUAACGAGUGGGCUGUGAGUCUUCCAAAAUGGAGUGAAGCGGAUUUGUAUCCUUCGUGACAUGAACUGUAUAUAUUUUAGCUUGCUCCAGGUCUUGUAACCUAUUGCUUGAUUUGUGCUUUGGACACGAGACUUUUGUUCAUCGUUUAAGUGAGACAAUGAUUUUAUGUUGGAUUUC